GCAAUGUGACGUCACGACAAGCACAGGUAGGCAGGCUAACAGACAUUCGGUAUUUUGACAGACUUAAAGACAAGAGCUCGCUCCGGUCCUACACAAUAAGCGUGGACAGGACUACCAGGGAUAUUUUUACAUUUAUAUAUGGGAUUUUAGAAAGAUAUGGUGCGCGUUCUUAUCGCCCUUUUGUUUGUGGUGCUGGGAUCUAGGGCCCAUGGGCCUGACCACACCCACUCGCAUCACCAUCAUCACGACAGUCAUACAACUUCUGUGAAAAGGGAUGGAGCAAAUAAAGUCCGUUCCGGGAUGACUCUGUCGUACGGGUCUUUCCAACAAGAGCCGUCAUUUUCGUUCACACAGUCCCGUCUUCGAGGAAUAUGUACGUCACUUGUUCGCAGGACCGUGGUUGGACAGCAAGCUGUCACCUACCCAUGCUUUCGGCCAAUACCAGGAGUUGUACCACAAUUUGCGCGCCAAAGUCCCAUGGGUCUGGUCUGUCAGGGGCUGGUCCGCGCUCCACGGGCCGAGUAUAUGCGUGUUCCUACUUGCUGUCCCGGCUGGAAACGAAGUUCUUCUGGCGCAUGCGUAAAACCAUGCAUGCAUCACGUGCUGUCGUCAAUCUGGACGCGCAUUCGACAGUUAGCUGCACGAGGCGAUGAAGGCGAACUAAUUAUACAGAAGUCGUUACAGCCGAAGAUUGGAUCGACACGGUCUCGUGCCUCCGCAAUCACCAUGCCCCCGAUGCCAUCUUUAACCCCCAAAAUGCCACCCCAGAUACCAUCCAUACUGCCUCAGCAGAUGACAGCGUCCCAGAUGGCAGACCGAAUGUCUAUACUUCGAAACCAGGAUAUGAUGCAACAACCUGAACAGAGAAUGGUUCGAAAGCGUCUGGAAGAUUUGACUCCCUACCCCUCAUCCAAUGCGAUGAACAACAGGUUACGUAUGAUGUCCACAUUCCGGAAGUCUCCCCUCGCCAAGUACGGUAACUCUAUGGCGCAAUGGGCGCCUCGUGCUAUGUACCUUCGUGAAAUGCAAAUGGGAUUAAAGGCUGCCGAAAGACUCAUUCAGCGGAGAGCCAUGAUGAUGAGGAAUCUAAACAGACAAAUGAUGCUGGGGAGACUGUCAUUCUCGCCGCCGAACGUAUUCAGAAGUAUCAUGAUCCCCAAAGGUCUUAAAUUAUUACAUAUAAUCAGAACAGUGAAACCAAAAGUGGAGAAGACGGAAAAACCUAGAAUUAUUAUCACCAAAAACCUUGAACAAAACACUGCAGCACCUGAACCAUUCCCAGAAAUCCCCAAACGGGAACCGGAAGUUGGAUUGCCACAGACAAACACAAUUAUGGGUAGACUGCCGCCUGGCAUGUUCCUCCGCGGAUUCCUCCCCAGUGUGAUGUCCUCCAAAGGGGAUGGACCCACACCCAUUCCCGAUAUAUCGGCCAACGAACUUCGUCCCAAACCAAACUUGGACAUUGUCCGCUUCCCUACACUGCCCAGGUUCCCAAUAGAGAUGCCACCAGUCCAAGUACAGCCUGGACCCAACUCACCAUUCCACACCCCAACGCCGCCACAGUCUUGCUUCUCAGAAUACGUAAAAAUUGUGAAGAAAUGUCUGAAGGAUGCCAAUGUAGAACUUCCGGCUGCGCAGAACUUCCUGCCUGGGAAAUCCAGCUACGACCAAGGAGGUGUCUGCGAGAAGAAACAGAUGAUAACCGAGUGUAUCGUCGGUAACCUCCGCCCCUGUUCAAGCUUCGCUGAGCAGGCCCUGGUCAGGCGCACAUUGGCUGAAACCUUAGCCGAAAUGAACCGGGACUGUCGCCUUCACGAACUCGAGUCCAUUGAGAGUCGUCUUGUGGGUGAGAUCCAACCAGGCCCGGAUUCUGUACAUCACAAACUGGAGCUCCUAGAGCCCCUCCCACAACCUACACCUGCUGAUGACGUCACUACCGCCACACCUAAACCUGAGGUCACCACCGAGGAACCCAAGACGCCAGUUGAUGAUGUUGAUGAUGAUGAUGAUCAAGCCCAACCGGAAGACACUCCUGAUGCCGCCAGUGCCAUUGACACCAGAGAUCCGACUGACCCGAACACUCUUCACCACACACACGACAUACAGAUGGAGGAACUCGCUCCCGAGUAUUACCUUCCCGUCCUCAUAGGCACGGCUAUCGGUCUUGCCUCUGUCAUCCUCCUCCUCAGCGCCCUCUUGUGCAUCUGCUGCAGACGAAGAAUAAAGAAAAAGGUUUAUAUUGAGCGACAACCAGAGAAGCCAAAACUGCUGGACGGUGUCUACACAAUAGGGGUUCCUCCACCCGUUUACGAGGUUACACAUGGUAUCCCUCACAUCUCAUACGAGGAAGCGAAGGGUGAAAAAAUUACCGGAAGUCCAUCGUCUCUCAGACGUCACAAUAUCGAAAACGAGGCGUACGAACGGGUUGACGGAACAAACAGGAAGGGAGUUGUAUCCGACAUCUAAAGUCUUGCUUUCUAAAAUUAUACUUAGUUAACAUGUUAAAAAUGAUGCUUGUCGGCCCUUCCUCCAUAAUACGUGACAUUAUUCACUAUGCAGUGUACAGAUUACCAGCACUUGACGCCAUGGCGUGACCGUAACGUGUGUUGUACGUCCCAGGACGUUUAAGGUAGGAAACUAGUAUUUUGUAAGCUAUAUAUAGCGUCGUCAUAAAGAGUUGUACUAUAGAGCUUCUUCUACUUUUGUUUUGUACAUGUCACCGACUACAUCUGAAUAAAAUUUCACAAAAAAAAA